CCUAAAACUUGGCAGUGUGUACCAGUAUCGAGUUAUCACCAUUUCAGGCACUGAAGAAAGUGAGCCAUCACCUGCUGCCAUAUACAUCCAUGGAAGUGGAUACUGUGGUGAUGGUGUUAUCCAGAAAGACCAAGGGGAGGAAUGUGAUGACAUGAACAAGAUCAACGGCGAUGGCUGCUCCCUUUUCUGCCGACAAGAAAUUUCCUUCAACUGCAUUGAUGAACCCAGUCGGUGCUACUUCCAUGAUGGAGAUGGGGUAUGUGAAGAGUUUGAACAAAAGACUAGCAUUAAAGACUGUGGUGUCUACACACCUCAAGGAUUCCUAGAUCAGUGGGCAUCCAAUGCCUCAGUGUCUCAUCAAGACCAUCAGUGUCCAGGCUGGGUCAUCAUCGGGCAGCCGGCCGCAUCCCAGGUGUGCCGCACCAAGGUGAUCGAUCUCAGUGAAGGCAUCUCCCAGCACGCCUGGUACCCUUGUACCAUCAGCUAUCCAUAUUCUCAGCUGGCGCAGACCACUUUCUGGCUCCAGGCAUAUUUCUCUCAGCCAAUGGUUGCUGCAGCUGUCAUUGUCCACCUGGUGACUGAUGGGACAUAUUAUGGGGACCAAAAGCAAGAGACAAUCAGCGUGCAGCUGCUUGACACCAAAGAUCAGAGCCACGACUUAGGCCUCCAUGUCCUGAGCUGCAGGAACAAUCCCCUGAUUAUCCCAGUGGUCCAUGACCUCAGCCAGCCCUUCUACCACAGCCUGGCGGUGCGUGUGAGCUUCAGUUCGCCGCUGGUUGCCAUCUCGGGGGUGGCCCUCCGCUCCUUCGACAACUUUGACCCUGUCACCCUGAGCAGCUGCCAGAGAGGAGAGACCUACAGCCCUGCAGAGCAGAGCUGUGUGCACUUUGCCUGUAAGGCCUCUGACUGCCCAGAGCUGGCCGUGGAGAAUGCUUCCCUCAAUUGCUCCAGCAGCGACCGCUACCACGGGGCCCAGUGUACUGUCCGCUGCCAGACGGGUUACGUGCUCCAGAUACAGAGGGAUGAUGAGCUGCUCAAAAGCCAGACUGGACCCAGUGUCAUAGUGACCUGCGCAGAGGGCAAGUGGAACAAGCAGGUGGCGUGUGAGCCAGUGGACUGCGGUGUCCCCGAUCACCAUCAUGUCUAUGCCGCCUCCUUCUCCUGUCUGGAGGGCACCACCUUUGGCAGCAAAUGUUCUUUUCAGUGCCGUCACCCCGCACAGUUGAAAGGCAACAACAGCUUCCUGACCUGUAUGGAAGAUGGGCUGUGGUCCUUCCCAGAGGCCCUGUGUGAGCUCAUGUGUCUCGCCCCAGCCCCAGUACCAAACGCAGACCUCCAGACAGCCCGGUGCCGUGAGAAUAAGCACAAGGUGGGAUCCUUCUGCAAGUACAAGUGCAAGCCUGGGUACCACGUGCCUGGCUCCUCUCGGAAGUCAAAGAAACGGGCCUUCAAGACUCAGUGUACCCAGGAUGGCAGCUGGCAGGAGGUAGCUUGUGUUCCUGUGACCUGUGACCCACCUCCACCCAAAUUCCAUGGGCUUUAUCAGUGCACUAAUGGCUUCCAGUUCAACAGCGAGUGCAGAAUCAAGUGUGAGGAUAGCGACACCACCCAGGGACGAGGAAGCAACAUCAUCCAUUGCCGGAAAGAUGGCACCUGGAGUGGCUCCUUCCACGUCUGCCAGGAGAUGCAAGGCCACUGCUCAGCUCCAAACCAGCUCAACAGCAACCUUAAACUACAGUGCCCGGAAGGCUAUGCUAUAGGGUCAGAGUGCGCCACCUCGUGCCUGGACCACAACAGCGAGUCCAUCAUUCUGCCAAUAAACGUGACUGCGCGUGACAUCCCUCACUGGCUCAACCCAACACGAGUGCAGAGCAUUGUCUGUACUGCUGGCCUGAAGUGGUACCCUCACCCUGCUCUGAUCCACUGUGUCAAAGGCUGUGAGCCCUUUAUGGGAGACAAUUACUGUGAUGCCAUCAACAAUCGCGCCUUCUGCAACUACGAUGGUGGGGAUUGCUGCACCUCCACGGUGAAGACCAAGAAGGUCACCCCUUUCCCUAUGUCUUGUGACCUCCAAGGUGACUGUGCUUGUCGGGACCCUGAGGCCCAAGAACACAGCCGGAAAGACCUCCGGGGAUACAGCCAUGGAUAAAGGAGGACAAGGAGUUGUCAAAGAAUUCCCAACACCAGGACCCACACCCCUUUGGUAUUGAUUUCACAGUCUGCUGCUCAAUGGAAUGGCUCUCCACACCAGGGAUCCUUAGCACCCAACCGGUCUGCCUUUAAUUUCACCCAGGAAGGACUCACAGUAGAGAGAAUGAACCAAAUCUCCAGAUGUUGGAUGAUGGAAUGGAAUUCCAUCCCAAAGUCUGAGAUGGAUUGCGUAGACAGCAUGCAGUCCUGGAGCCUCCUUAAACUCUAAUCAUUUGUCACACAACACAACCAGAGCAAAAACACGCUCUUCAGAGUAUGCACAUCUGUGGUUAGUACACAUGCAUGCAUACACUUCCAUAUGAAAACAUCUGUGUGAGGGCAGUUCUGGAGACAGAGUAGAGAGAGACUGGAACAAACGCAAUCUCUCCUUUCCCAAGUGCAUAGCCAAUGCUAUCUUUGGAAGGAAGAGUUAUAGAAACUGCUAAGACCAUGUAUUGAGAUACCGAGAUUGCUCAUAGCCUGAGGCUCAGAACACAUAGACCAUGCACUAUGGUGUAGUCCUUUGGGACUGGAAGUGAAAUGGUCUGUGGUCACCAACCUUCAAGGGGAUUAGGGCCCAGGAAGAGCUAAAGAUUCCAAGGUGUGCAAAGGCCCCCAGUUCUCCUGCUGCCAUAGGGAUUCUACCUCAGCCCCAGGGCUCGAGGUGAAGCUGGUUAUGGCUCAUGACUACAAAGUUAAGGUAUUAUUCCAGCCCCUUACUUGAGGCUUGAGGUCAUAAUAUUCCUCUAGAUCCCACCCAUUCCCCAGAUCUUGCCUUGGGACCACAUUUGCUGCUACUUUUCCUGCUGCUCUAUCUUAUACACUAAGUACCCCAAGAUGACAGAACUAAGGUAGGAAAAACCCCACACAACCAAAUGGUCUGCCUUAAAAGUGACCCACAUUUUUCAACAGUUCCUCACUUCUGAGCCCUUCUGCAAGAGUAAAUCCCUCAUGAGCCCAUGUGAUGGGAAAUAAAGUCUCCCAUGAGUGGAUUUCUUAUCUUGGAAGGGAUGUAAGGGAUCUCAAAUGCUGGAACCUUUCCUCAGAGUCCAGGGUGUCUAAUCCAGUGUUAGAUUUCAUAACCAAGUGGAAUAGUGUUAGACUUCUGGGAUGUUGGAGCCAUCCAGAGGCUACUGGCAUUGUCUGGACUCUUAGGUUCUUAUCCUUCUUAUAGUCUUCUUAGUGCUCCAGGCUAGAGGAGGCUUUGGAUCUGAGAACCUCAUUGUUGCUGUGCAUAGACAUAAUUCUGGAAUAGAGAAUCAUCUUGAAGGUCAUGAAUGUAGACUGUGCUCUUGAGGGCCAUCAGAGGAACCCCUGAGAUUUCACAGACCUGGUAUCCAACAUGGCCACAACAUGUUGCACAUCAUUUUUCUGCUACCAGUCCUCCUUUAACACCUAGGACUGGACAACUCCCUCCUUGUCUCCCAUGUUCAGCCUUCAAAAGUUAAAGGAGAUUAGCCAACUGCACAUAGAAGCCCCCGCCAUUUUGCAUAUUUCCAGGAAGGAGCCUGCUCCCUUUGAGUUAAUAUGGAAAGAGAUUAAUAUAGGAUGAGGUGGAGAUGUUUAAACCUGAUCUAUUUUCUGAAACCUGGAGCUAGGAGGUAAAGACAUGGGAGACUCUAAACUAAUUAUGUCAUAUAAAGAUUACUGUAAAUUUAGUGAGCUGAAGUCCAGUGAAGACAACCAACAAAAGCAAAGUCUAGAACAAAGUGGAAAAUUCCAGGCACAGGCACAGCCCCUCCUAAUUCCUGUAUCCAAAGCAGGCACUGUUAAUCCAUCAUGGCUCUUUUUCCUACUGGGACCAAAAUAUAACUUCAGAAACUCUGAUUCUAUCAUUCCCAACAGUAAUUAGCUGCUGAUCAAGAACAUUUGAACAGGCAUCUACAGGACAUCUGUGGUCUAUCAUAUUAAGAAACACAUAAAGGUGCUUUCGCACAGGUGCCCAGCUAUAAGGACGCAGUGCUUAGUGCUUAGUUUACAUGGUUUUCCUCCUGUUACGAACUCUGAGAUUGAGUUCCAGAAUGGAGAAGCUGCUGCUGUUGUGAAGGCCAGGUUCAUACCCUUUAUGUCCUCUUAUAAGACCACAUCGCAUUUCUACAUAGGGCAUUGAUUUCUAUAAUCACCAAGGUCAACCCUAAGAAAGACAAAAAUAUCACUAGGAAGAUUGACCCUAUCUUGUGCCCAUCUCUAGGGCCUUAGAGCUCUUGUCAACUCUUAGGACCCAACUUCUGUCUUAGCCAAGUUUUUGUAGUGUAGCUCCUAGUGAUCAUUCAGAAGGUACAAGUUGAGGGCUAAAAGAGGGUCAGCUCUCCAGGUGACUCAGUUAUGCCCAUACAUAAUACAAAGAACUCAGAAGACCCCAGGAUGACAUAACUCAUGUCAAGAUUGUCAGAAACUACAGAAAAUCCUUUCCAGCUUCCUAUGAACCAAUCCUCAUCUAGCUUCUAUGUUAACUACCAACGUUAAACAUCACUAGACUUUUUAGAUGAGCAAAGGUUCCCAGAGGCUGAUUUCCAUGUCUAGGUUCACAGUUUGGAUUGAGCCCUUCUAAGUAAAGACCCACCCAGCCUCCUUCUUACAAUCAUCCAAACCUGUCACUGACAAAGUAAGGUUUGCUGAGGAUAUUACAUAGGCAAAAAGGCCACUUAACUGGGGGCCAGCCUUCUUGCAAAAGGGUCAGCUCCAUUCAUGCAGUGCACUGAUUCCCAGCUCCACAUCACUUGAGUCAUCUAUUUAGGAUAAGAGUACUCACAAGGAGGCUGCUCUGAGGCACUGUUGUAUUCUGGCAGCUCAGGGAGCCUAGAACAAUUGGGAGUUCUGCAUCUGAAGAAGCACUAUCCCUUCAGCUCCACAAAAAGAAAAGAUGAAAUGACAUGUCUGUAAGCUUCAUCCUGGGAAGGCUUUCCAAGCCACAAUUUUAACAGCCUGCUCAGAGCACUUGCAUUACACCCAGAUUCUGUGCCAAAGGCCUUGUAAGGGAAUACUGGACUGGAGAAAUCAGUUUGAGUAGGUGAAUUGGGGUGUAAAGGAAGGGAGAGAUUAACGGCCAUCAACAGCAGGCCUUUGGAGACAGAGGGUAUCAGCUGCUACACUUGGCUUCCACACGUUGAGUCACUGCCUAGACAGUUCUCUUGGUCAUAGGCCCACCUUGGCCGAUGCUUAAAUGCUAUUUGUUGAAAGUAAUUAUUUGAGACAGAUUUCAGCUACCUCCCUUCCAGGUUUGAUUUAACUUGGUUGUAACUGUCAAAUUCUUCUAGGUCUUACCUGUGUUUAAAAAAAAAAAAAAACUAAAAGAAAGACAGAAGAAAGGAAAAAAGAAAGAGAGAAAAGAAAAGCAGGAAAAAAAGAAAAAAAAGAAAUCAUAAAGUCAAGCUGACAGUUUUGAGGUUUUAUGAGUUGUUUAUUUUUUCUGGAGUUGCUUCAAAUGAGAAAAUUAAUAGAAGAAAUUGAUGGUGGCAAAAUUGUACAGAUAGAAAUUAAUAGAAGAUAAUAAGAUAAAAGGAAAUUAAAAUGCAUGAUGAAAACUAAGAAUAAAAACCCUAUUUUUAUGUUUCCUAAAGGAAAUGGUUUAUUCUACAGACUGAGUAGGUAGAUACAACAUAAAUAUUUCCCUGGAAAACAUAGAGUGGGAUUUUAUGAUGCUGCCUGUUACUUUCUGUGCAUUGUGGUGAGUCCAGGAAAGAUGACAUCUCCCUCCCUAAUUUGUUGUUGCAGGGGGUAUAUUUUGUUCAUUUGUUUGGUGGUAAUCAGUGACAUUAGAGUAGGGAGGCUGGAUAAUUGGGUUUACCAAUGUUAAGGGGACAUAUUAUAUCGUACUUUUUAAGUUGUAAGAUGUUUAUAUUUGCUUAUCUAGCACUGGGCUUUAUAAAGACUGCACUCAAACCACACUGCACAGUCCAACUUUCUAAAAAGCUGCUACCUGAGCAGACAGGUAAUUCUAGUGUGUUUUGAGACAAAGUUAACCAACAAAAAUUAAAGAAAAAUACCCUAAGAAGCAAAUGAAUAA